AUGACGCGCUCGAGCGCGACGCGCGGGUCGGGCGACGAUUACGACCUCGACGCGGGCAUCGCGGGCGCGACGCCGGGCGAUGGAUGGACGCCGACGUCGUACGACGGACGCGGGAGCACGGGGGACGUGUACCAAGGGCCGGCGCGGCUGGCGGAGGGAUUGCGAAGACACACCGUGCUGGUGUACGUCGCGGACGAGACCGGGAUGAUCAAUCGCGUCGCGGGGGUGUUCGCGCGACGAGGGUACAACAUCGAAUCGCUCGCGGUGGGGCUGAACAUCGACAAGGCGAUUUUUACGAUCUCGGUGAUUUGCAGCGACGGCGACGUGGGGAAGCUGAUCAAGCAGGUGAAUAAAUUGGCCAAGGUGCGAAAGGUGGAGAACGUCACGGAUAAGGAGUGCGUGGAACGAGGGUUGAUGCUGCUGAAGGUGAAGUGCGAGCCCGAACAGCGGUCGCAGGUGCUGGAGAUUAAUCGGAUUUUCCGAGCGAGCGUGGUGGACGUGGCGGAGCGGUCGCUGACGAUGUCGGUGGUGGGGGAUCCCGGGAAGAAUCGAGCGUUUCAGAGCGCGCUGAUGAAGUUCGGGGUGAUUCAAGUCGCGCGAACGGGGAAGUUGGCGCUGAAGAGAGAGCCCGUGUACAGCGAGGCUCGGUCUCGUCGAGUGAAACUCAUGGAGGCGAUGCGAAAGGCGAAGGACGCGAGCGCCAAGUACGAGAGCAUCUUGGCGUCACGAAUCGUUCGCGCGGUCGCGGGGAUGGAACACGACGAUGACGGCGACUUGCACGUCGGCGACGUGUACACGUCGCUCGAGAACGACGAAAUCGGAGUGUGGGACGUCCCCAUGGACGAAAACGCCAAGUACACGCCGCACACUAUCUCUAUUUUGGUCGAUAACCGCCCGGGCGUGUUGGAUUCCAUCACCGGCGUGUUCGCUCGUCGCGGGUACAACAUUCAGUCCCUCGGCGUCGGCCCGGAAAGAACUUUCGACAUCUCUCGCAUUUCCACCGUCGUUCCGGGCAGUACCGAAGACAUCGCGAUGCUGCUCAAGCAAAUCUUAAAGGUGCCUUACGUCAUCUCCGCCGAAGAUAUCACGAUGACGCCGUUCACGGAGCGCGAACUCAUGCUCAUCAAGGUCGUCAGCUCUCGCGCGCAACGAGCAGAAAUUAUCGAUUUGUGCGGCAUGUUCCGAGCCAAGGUGUGCGACAUCUCCGAAGACACCGUCACCAUCGAAGUCAGCGGGCGCCAGCGUAAGAUUAACGCCAUUCAAGCGCUUCUCGAGCCGUACGGGAUUCUGGAAGUUGCGCGCAGCGGUCGCGUCGCGCUCCCGCGCGAUUCGGGCGUCGAUUCCAAGCUCAUGAUGGCGAUCGAGUCCGAAAGCGAUCUCGACAAGUGGUAA